AUGAGCUCGCCAUGGUCCUUACUCCUGCAACACGUCUCUCGUAAGAAAACAUUGGUACGACAAGUCAUGGGAACAUCAGCCUUUUCCGCCUUCAGCAAUGGCAGUUUUGGCACCGCCAGUCAAGCCAAUGGCAGCAGUCCUGCUGUAAGCCCCCAACAUACUGUCACUGCGAUGGGCAGGUGGUCCAUCCUCAACAAGCAGCUCCCAGUCUUCAAAACCCCUUUACCCAAUCCCAAGAUCUGGAACAACCCAACGAUAGGCACACUCUCGAACCCCGAUGCGUUUGUAAACGGUGGAUGGUGGCACGAUUCCCGGAUUCUCGCCGCGACGGGCGAAGGCAUCGCGAAAGAGGAGCCGCGCGCAUGGGAGGGAUGGUGGAAUGAGAAGAUUGUCGAGCUCGUCCAACUGAGCACACAACAAAAGGAUGCUUUCUGCGUCCUGUUGACCGGUCGAUCCGAAUCCGGUUUCAGUGAACUGAUUAAGCGGAUAGUAAAGAGCAAGGGUCUCGAGUUCGACAUGGUUUGUCUCAAGCCCGCCGUCGGCCCUGAUAACCAGCAUUUCACCAGCACACUCGACUUCAAGGAGAAAUUUCUCAGAGCUUUGAUGGAAACAUACAGACAUGCGAAGGAGAUUCGUAUCUACGAAGACAGAAUAAAGCACGUCAAGAGCUUUCAGACUUUCUUGGCGAGCUUCAACGAGCAACAGAAUACCUCGCCGACGAGAGGCCCGAUCAAUGGGGAAGUGAUUCACGUGGCAGACAUGGCAGCCUAUCUCGACCCGGUGGUGGAAGUGGCCGAGGUUCGAUCCAUUAUCAAAGAUCACAACGCGUCACUGACCAAGAGACGACGCGGCUCCCGAGGCGAGCGCUGGGUGAUCAAAAGACAAGUUUUCUGGACGGGGUAUCUAAUCUCUAGCGCCGACACGCGACGGUUGCUGGACCUGAUGCCAAUCCCCAACCUUCCCGACAGCGAGAUUAAGCUGCAUGCUAAUAACAUCAUGAUUUGCCCUCGUCCUUGUCCGGAUGAUCUGCUUCGGAAAGUCGGUGGCUGGGGCAAGAGGAUGAGCUGGCAAGUCAGUGGCACGGCUUGCUUUGAAGACAACGUCUGGGCUGUUUCUCUGAAGCCUGUCCCUGCAGACGCGUCAUACCACACUGGAAACCCGGUCCCACUGGUCGUCCUCGCCCUCAGGAGGGGCGCGAGACACGCGGAUGCCGCAAAGAUUCAGCACUGGAAGCCGGUUUCUCCGGAGCAGGCGUUUGUGUUUGAGACAAAGGUUGCCGAGAAAGUGCUGCUGCGCAUUGAUGGGACGAGUCAUAGGGAGGGUUCUUACGACGGCGGCUACUUUAGAGGAGCGAAGAGGAAGCAUACCGCUCAUGAGGAUGAUUUCCGGUCGAGACAGGGGAACCAUCACCACCAUCCUCCGACUGGUCCUGGUGGCGGUGGGAAGAAUUUCAAUAGCAAUAAUAACAACCAAAAUAACUUUCCACAGGUCAGUCGGGGAGGGAAUCGGGGAGGUGGCGGUGGUUUUGGUCGGGGUGGUGGAAGAGGAGGUGGUGGGAACUUCAGGGGCCAACGCGGAGGGACUCCUAAGGGGGCCCGCGGCGGUCGUGGUGGGGGAGACAGGGGAGGUCAUCACACUCAUCACUACAAGUCGCUUGACGAUGUUGGCGGGAGAGAUAGCCAGGGAGGGUUUGCAGCCAUGUACGAGGAUACACAGCAGCCUAUCCCCAAGGGGCCCUCGAAUCCCUCUAACCCUGGAUUCUACCAUGCGAAUAAUCAGCAAAAUAACAAGCCAAAUAAUAACGGUGGGUAUCAAGGCGGCGGCGGGGGGGGGUUAUCAAGCUGGGGAGGUGACGGGGUAGGAAAUUUUUACUGAAGAGGUUUGGGUUGAAGAAAUAUUCAUGUAGGUUUGUAUCUGUACCUGGAAAAUGCUGUACAUCUCUAGCGCAUCGUUUCCAUUUUGUUGUCAUUACUUGGGCAUGGAGCAAGUAUGGGCCUGGCAUUCAUGAUUACGUGGGGCAUGAAUUGGAGUUUUGUUUCCUCGGAGGCUAAGGAACGAAAGAAAAGAGGCAUGCAUGCUGGGAAUACCUACUGAUGUAAGUUUUAGCUAGCUAGUGUUUCCGUAUUCCUAUUGUAAAUGUACAUUGCUGAAGCCUUUGGGCGUUUGCGCGGUCAUAUAAUUGCCGAUAAUAUAAUCAAAG